AUUGACAAGUUUGGGAAUGCACAAUACUCAGCAAGUGCACCUGGCAGGUGCACCCUGAAUGCACCAAACUGUUUAAAUGUCUGCAUCAAACACCAACGACACGUCCACUUUGUUGUUGAAGAUAUCUUCUCUACAGCUCGAACUUUCACACCUCCAACACCGGUACGACGCUCUACUUGCUACCAAAGAGCGCGCCGCUACGAGGUACAAGGCCGACUACAAAAAGUGGCGAUCCUUCAAACAUUGGCUUUGCGAGAGCUCUGAUUGUGACAAAGGGCUACAUCCAUUACUGAAGGACACAAACUAUGACGCAUAUCGGAGAGUCUCUGGCAUCGACAAACGACGCAAAUUUGACGAAAUAGGUCCGGACUUAUGUGCGUUUGACAACUCAGAGGAGCAUAUCGAGUCCAAGACACUUCCUGAUGCUUUGGACAAGCAGCAGGAAGUAUCAUCGACUGUCUACGCUACGCGUGGAGAAACUGUUUCAGCCAAAGUUGAGGAGCAGCCCGCCACUGCAAUCAAACUCCCGUUACACGGACACUCUAUUGGCAAAGAUAUCCUCAACGAAGACAUAUCGGCCGGCACAUCUGUGUUACAGAGUAACAACUCAUGUCGGGAUCUGCACAAGAGACGCGGGCGAUACGCUCAAGCUACUGAUGCGACCACUAUCAAUUCACGCUUCACUAUAUGCGAGGAACGCAAUCACGGCGUAAACUACCAGUAUGAUGAAGUGGUCAAGAGCCGCGACGAGCGAAAAAAGAUGCUUGCUGACGAUUGUGAAUGUUGUCGUGGUUACUAUGAAGCUGUUGGACAGCUGCCCAAGCCUCUCCAGCAACCGCUUUGGCGUUCGCCAUCUUCAACACCUACCAAGAAACGCCGGUUUUCCUUUGACAGUCUCUCAGACCGCAAAGAAAACUGCGAAGACAUCGAGCACCACAAGAAAAGGAUAUCACGACAUCGACACCAUUGGUAUCGUGCCAAGACACCACCUGGCUACUGGGAUAUUGGAUUCCCUGACACACAAGAGACAUCUGACAUCAACCGACGUGCCGCAGAGAUGUAUGCACAGAAAUUGGGAGAGGUUGAGAGUGAAGUACGGAGUGGCAAGGGAAGAUAUGUCAAACGGAUAAUAUGAGUUAUAUGACACCGGCAGAGCCAUCAGGUAUUGCUAUGGACACACGUGCACGUCCUCGGUCUAUCAAUGUUGUCGGGUCAAUUAUUGUAUGGUACGGAGAAUGGAGACAAUUUCUGUCCUUGGUGAGGCUCCAUUGCGUGUACAGUAAUAGAGGUGGUUCUUUCCUUGUAAGGAGUAUCAUAUGGAAAGCGGGAAUGAUCAGCUUCGCGAGAGUGAUCAGCUGGAGACUAAAAAGUCAAUUGUUUGGCUCUUC